UCUUAUGGGAGAAAUACAGUACUUUCUAAAAACAGCUUGGAAGUCAACACAACUCGGAACCGAUUUUGUUGGUUAGAGAAUCACAUAAAUAACCCAAAACAUCCAAAUCCAAAUGUUCAUUAAGGCAGUCAGUUGAAAAAAAAAAACAAAAACACAUGAUGCUCAGAAGUCUCAUCUUUCCCGUAACCGUGACAACAAGACUCCCGGCAAUUCUGCAAGUCUAUUGAUCCACCAUGAGGCAACAAACACAUUUCGGGUGAAAAUGAGGCAAAGUGAGGUGUGAUUAAGUCAGGGGACCCUACAUACUAAUCAAAUGGGAGAAGGGAGGGAGUUGCUUCUAUAAACGGAACAUGUUCCCUGGAUGCAAGUGGAUGACGCAGGCCGUACGCUCGGCGUGGGUGUAUAAAAAACACAGUUCAGGCUCCACUCGGCGCGCACAUGGCCACACGAGCGAGCCGCACUCAGACAUCCUCAAACCAAUGUCAGGAGACUACUGAACUCACCCAAAGAUGAGCACGAGCGAGAAGUUACACUUUCCCGUGGAAUCGCUCAACACCUUGACCCGGCAUCCUCACCCCUCACCUGAUCGGCAGAAGCACGCAAAGGUGUCCGACUUAUCAAAAACGGGAAUGGGUCUUUUAGAAACAGUCAAAGGGCGAUGGAAGCAGCAGGACAAGGUGGCGCCAAGUACCGUCAAGCCCCAGAACUGUCACAGAAUUGUGGUGCUGGGUGCGCCCGGGGUGGGAAAGACCAACAUGGUUCGGCGCUUCUUGGGGGAGGAAUUCCAAGAGGAGUACGAGGCCACUACAGAGGACUUCCACAGGAAGCUCUUCCAUGUCGGAGGCGAAAUGUACCAGGUGGACCUCCUGGAUGCUGCCAGGGAGAGAAACUUCCCAGCAAAGCGGAGACUGUCCAUACUCACUGGUGACAUUUUUCUUCUCGUCUUCAGUUUGGACGACAAAGAAUCUUUCAGUGAGGUCCGUGAGCUGCUCAGUGAAAUCAGACACGCUAAAAGCAAGUUGGUCAAGUCCAAGCGUAAGGUGCGAUUGCCAGUAGUUGUCUGCGGCAACAAAUCAGACCUGGACUCUCAGAGAGUCAUCAGCCGGUCCGACAUCACCGCGGCACUAACCCGGGACGUCGCCUUCUUCGAAACCUCGGCUAAGCGUGGCACUUCACUGGAGGCCGUGUUCCGAGAGCUGGCAACCAUAGGCGGGCUUCCGGAUGAGACCGGGCCUUCGCAGCACAGGCUGGUCUCCAUGUUAACCUAUCAGUCGCUGUGCCGGCACGGGGCCACACCCUGCGCCACCGUGGACCCUCUGGCACGACGGCCGAGUUUUGGCAGUGAUCUGCGACUGGUGCUUGGAUCAAGCACCAAAUCUAAACCCGAGAGGUGUCAGAUUCAAUGAAUCGAGACCCCUCUACGCAGAAACCCAUUGUAGUAGUAUGCUACAAUGUUGUAUUAUGUAAGGAGUUAUACUCUGAAUAGCAACUGGCUGGACCGGUGCAUUCUUACUUUUUGUACAUACUGUGCUUACUUUGAAAACUGUCCAUCGACAUAGCAUGAAUGUAUUUAUAACGUUACUUGAACACAUUAAAAACAUAAAAAUGAAACACUCCUGCUUUUUUCAUUUUGUUUUUCUGUUAUGUACCAAAGAUCCCAAAUAAAAUGAUAUAACAUCAUGCUGUAAUAAAACUUUCUUGGCUACAUUUAUGACGUGGAUUCCAUAUAAAACCCCGGCUCGUAAGGAGUCAGCGGUUUCCAGGCAGUGAUGCAAAA